CCUAACAAACAGGAUUCAUCUGAACAUCACUAUGAAGCUGAUUUUUUUUCUGACUGUCAUCUGGGCUCUCUACAGCAAAGCUGGGGCUCUGCAGUGCAUCACCUGCACCAAUCAGGCAUGUUCAAGCACAGCACCACUAACAUGUGGCUCAGAGACGAUGUGCAUAACAGCUAACAUUAAAGGAACUCAGUCUGGAGUUACAGGAACACAAAUCUACAAAGCCUGCGCACCAUCCUCUCUGUGUCCAAGCACAGGCACUCAGACGUUUUCAGUCAACUUGGGUUACCAAAGUGCAAUUGCAUCUGCUGAGUGCUGCAACACUGACAACUGCAAUUCACAAACUCUGGCUUCGCCACCUACACCGCCAAUCAACUCCCUUCAGUGUGUUGUUUGUGACCCCACCACAUCUCAGUGCACCACUCCCAUCCCAUGUUCAGGAGAUGAGAGCAACUGUGUGACAGCAACUUUAAACGAUGGAACAAACACAAUUCAAGCGCUGGGAUGUAUUAGUCCAAACACUUGUGCAGCUGCUUCAAGCCUGGGUAGUUUGCCAUUCAUGGAGAGUGUUGGUUCGAUAACUAGUGGACCAAGCUGCUGUACAACAGGUUUGUGCAAUGAUCCAAGAACAACAACCACAACAGUGGCACCAACUACCACCACCACAACAGUGGCACCAACUACCACCACCACAACAGUGGCACCAACUACCACCACCACAACAGUGGCACCAACUACCACCACCACAACAGUGGCACCAACUACCACCACCACAACAGUGGCACCAACUACCACCACUACAACAGUGGCACCAGCAACCACAGCAUCCCAGUCAGCCACCACUGCAUCAACCACCAGUAGUGCUUCUAGCGUCGCCAUGGGCACCCUUCAUCUAUUACUUUUAUUGACUGUUGUCAUUCUGUAAAUAUCCUUAAAAAAUUGACAGCAUUAAUGGUCAAUUAAGAAACGGUUAGUCACAAAUGUGAGGGAAUUGUCUUUUUAGUUUCUCAUGCUUUCUUUUGAUUUUUAAUUAUUGGUUUCUUAAUUUUGGUUUUUAUUCAAUUACAUUACUUUUUAUGAUUGUAUUUUCUUCCUUAAUCAACUUGUGUACUGCAUAUGUGUCUUAUUAAUUUUGUAUUUAAUUUUCAUGUAACUUUUACAACAUAAUUUCUAUUUUAUAAACAUCUUUAUGUUUGGGGGCUUUAUAUCUACAGAAUUUCCUCAAGAUGUUUGAGAAAAACAUGUUAAAUAAACCUUAUUAAGUA